CACCCCAGAAGCCACGCAGAACACACAUCAAAACGCAACAAACAAAAAAGAAAACGGCCAUUGAAAGAAAGCAGACACAAACAUAAAUGAGUUUUGUCAAUCCCUUAUGCAAAAGCUACCGCACUGAAACCUCCCGUAAGCUCAGUUGCUUUUCUCUGCUCUUCAAUCCUGAAACAAAACGACUUCGUUUUGCCUCGUCGCAAACCCCAUCUCCUAUCCCUCCGAUUCAGAUUUUGCUCUGAGCAUUAUUAAAACCCUAUUUAUCGUCUCAUUUUUCUUGUAUGUACAAAUCCGAUCUUUCUAUACCUUCAAACCCUAAUCUCUCGAUCGGAUUUUCUAAUUUUUCUUUUCGGAUAAAAUAUCAUUUUCGCUCAUCUCGCUUCCGAGUUUUGUCUGGUUAAUCAAAUUAUAUCAGAUUUUCGUUAAUCGGAUUUUCUUUUGUCGAAGACAAAUAAAAUCCUAUUAUAUCCAUACUGAAGAGAUUGUUUGUUUAUUUUUUCUGGUUCCUUUUUUUAUUUCGUUAGUUUUUUGCUGCUUUGAGGCUGGUGUUUGGUUAACAGGAAGAGAGUAUACUGGGCGGUGAGAAGAUAUGGUGGGAGGAGGAAGCCGGAGAGACGAGUCGCUGGUGAUAAACAGCACUAAUGUGUUUGCGGCGCUUGGGAGUUUGAAGAAGAAGAAGAACAAAGAGCAAGGGUCCUCCAAGAGCAAAAGCUCCAGCGUCAAAAAGACCGUGAAGGAGCCCGAGAAGGAGGUCUACUGGACCCCUGCGCCACUUAAAGUCGAGUCCUGGGCCGACGUAGACGAUGAUGACGACGACUUCUAUGCCACUACUGCACCUCCUUCGUCCGCAUGGGGCCCCGCGGAUUCUAAGUCCCCGAAAGAGACUGAGACCGCAGUGGAGGAAAGUGAAAGUGAGGAUGAAGGUCUUUUUGACGGUGAUGAUGAUGUUGAUGAAGAUCAUGAGACUGAACCUGAGCCUCCUGCAGAGAUUGAGCUAGUUGUUCUGACAGGUGUUGAAAAAGAUAAGAAAACAGAGGAUAAUGCUGAAGAGAAAAAGGAGAGUGCCCCUGGAGAGAGCAAAAGUGCAAAAAAGAAGAAAAAGAAGGAUAAAUCCUCAAAGGAGGCAAAGGAAUCAUUGCAGGAGCAACCUGAUGGGUCUGAUGUUAGGAAUGAGGGAGAGGAAGCUGCUGGUGCUGAGAAGACGGAUAAUGCUUCUACUAUUGAUGUGAAGGAGAGGUUGAAGAAAAUGACUUCUAUGAAGAAGAAAAAAUCUGCUAAAGAUAUGGAUGCAGCUGCUCGAGCUGCUGCUAAUGAGGCUGCUGCAAGGAGUGCAAGGCUUGCUGCUGCCAAGAAAAAGGAGAAGAAUCACUACAAUCAGCAGCCAGUGCGGUAAGCCAGCAGGUUUAUGGCUCUAGGUUUUUGUUCUUUUCUCCUUUAUUAUAUAAGAGCUUGUACUUUCUUUUUAUUAGUUUUGUCAAUCCAAAAUAAACAUCAAUCUUUUGAUUUUGUGAAAAGGAUUUUUGUUGGGAUAGCUCUUGUUCUUAGAGAUAUAAUCAGUUCCUUAGCCUCCAUCUGGAUAUUAUUGUGUUGUGAUGCAUAACUGCUACAUAGAUCUUACAUGGUUAUAAUUUUUGUAAUAUGUGUGCUGAUAUGCUGCA